AUGAUGAUGAGAUUUCUGAGAUUAGUUCUACCUUCAAGACUUCUCAUUCUCAAUAGAUUUCUGGGUUUCAAUAAACUCUCAACAUCUCAUUCUCAUGUCAUCAAGAAAAAUCACAAUUACAGAAAUUGCAGUUCUAGCCCUAGAUACUUCAGUAGUAAAUCUUCAUCAGAACAAUUGGAAACUGCAAAGCUAACAAAACAACAAAAACAAGUUCUGGAAGAAGUUUCUAAAGGAAAAUCAGUAUUCAUUACAGGAUCUGGAGGUACAGGGAAGACAUUUUUGCUCAAACAAAUUGUAAAUCUUUUGAAACAAGAAGUCCAUAAACCUGAUGAAGUUUUUGUUACAGCUUCAACUGGUGUUGCUGCUUGUGCUUUAAAUGGACAAACCCUUCAUUCAUUUGCUGGUAUCGGUUUAGGAGAAGAUGAUGAAGAUGAGUUGCUUGGUAGGGUUUGUAAAAAUAAAUUAGCUUCUCAAAGAUGGAAACAGGUGAAAGCUUUAGUUAUUGAUGAGAUUAGUAUGAUAAGUGGUGAACUUUUUGAUAAGAUUGAGUACAUUGCUCAGAUGUGUAAACCUAAAAGAAGGGGGGAAAUUUGGGGUGGAAUUCAAUUGAUUGUAAGUGGUGAUUUCUUUCAGCUUCCUCCGAUUAUUAAGUACAGUAAUGGUGAGGUAAAAGAGUUUGCAUUUGAAGCUGAAUGUUGGAAUGAGAGUUUUGAUUUGCAGAUUGAACUUACCCGGGUGUUUCGACAAUCGGAUUCACAGUUUAUUGAGUUGUUGCAACGGAUUAGGAAAGGCUAUAGAGAUGCUAACAUGCUUAAACUUUUAGAUAAAUGUUGUUUGAAUGAAUUGGUGAAUGUCCCUUCGGACGUGCCUCGUUUGUUUCCGAGAAAUGAAGAUGUUAAGAGAUUGAACAAUGAGAGGUUGAAGAAUUUGGGUCAGGAAAUUGUUAGCUAUAGAGCUGUGGAUAGAGGGGUUAAUCCUUGGAGGAAUCAGCUUCAACAAGGGAUUGCGCCAGAUGUGUUGGAAAUUUGUUUAGGUGCAAGGGUAAUGUUGAUCAAGAACAAAGAUGUUGAGGCUGGUCUGGUGAAUGGUGCAGUUGGAACUGUAAUUGGAUUUGAUAGGGACUAUGCAAGUAAAGUGCUUAAAAAAAGGUGUGCGGAACGUAUACGGCCCAAGGUUCGAUUCGACUCUGGCUUGGAAAUGGUGAUUGAACCUGAUACUUGGGAAGUGACGGAAGGAAAUGAAGUUCAAGUGCAACGUGCACAGAUUCCGUUGAUAUUGGUGUGGGCAGUUAGUAUUCAUAAGUGUCAAGGAAUGACUCUCGACCGUUUACAAACUGAUCUCUCAAGAGCUUUUGGUUGUGGGAUGGUUUAUGUUGCACUUUCCAGGGUUAGGAGUUUGGAUGGUCUUUACAUGUCUGGUUUCAGUUCAUCAAAAAUCAAAACACACCCUAAAGUGUUGCAGUUCUAUAAGGGUCAAAUUGGGAGCUAA